AAACCUGGAGAAAACGACUCAACAAUCACCAAACGAGGGACCCUGAGCACUAGACCUGGAAUCUGUUUCAUCGUUUCGCCCGUGUGUGCUGGAGAAAUGUUUCCGAGCAAAGCGAAGACUGAGGCGGACACAUCAGCGUCUCCCGGCGGGGACACCCGGCCGCAUCUCCCGCAGGAGACCCGCACUGACCCGCUGAUGGACCAAACACAGGGCUCGUGCGUGCCUUCCGGUUCGUUUGUUCCCACGGUCACGGCGAUCUCCAGCACCCGGGACCUGCAGUGGAUGGUCCAGCCGACCAUCAUCACGUCUGUGAGCAGAGCUAAAACUAAAACAGCUGGAGGAAAGAGCAAAAGCGCGGGCGGGAAGAGCAAGAACGAGCAGCUCUCAGCAGAGGAAGAGGAGAAGAAAAGGAUCAGGAGAGAGAGAAAUAAAAUGGCUGCAGCAAAGUGUCGCAACAGACGGAGAGAGCUCACCGACACCCUUCAGGCAGAAACUGACCAGCUAGAAGAGGACAAGGCUGCUCUACAGGCUGAAAUUGAGAGUCUUCUGAAGGAGAAGGAAAGGUUGGAGUACGUGCUGGCCACUCAUAAACCUCUUUGCCAACUGCCUGAAGAGCUGGACUGUCUCUUUCCAGAGUCUCCUCAGCCACUUCCAACUCCAGAAGCGGCCACCAAACUCCCUGAUGAAAGUCCACACGAUGCCAGUCCUCUUCAGGACAUGGAGAUCCCAACGGUUCCAUCCACGGCUAUUUCUGGGAACUCCAACAUCCUGUUGUGCUCAAGCGCAGAAGUCAGUUUGUGUGAUUUGGAGCCAUCACUGGAUAUCAAUGACGAUCUCCUCGCCACCGUCGACGAGGACCGCGUGUCAGCCGGAGCGGCCCGUUCCGUCCCCGACAUAGACCUGACUGGCUCGCUGGGCAUCACGGACUGGGAGACUCUCUACAAGUCUGUGGCCAAUGAUCUUGAACCUUUAAGCACCCCGGUGGUGAACACAUCCACACCCACCUGCAGCAACUACCUGUCCGUCUUUACUUUCGCCUGCCCUGAGCUGGACUCGCUGUCCGAGGGUCUGGAUGCUUGUAAAGGCGGAGCGACCAAAGCAGAAUCUAGCGUUGAUAUCCUCAACUCUCCAACCCUACUGGCCUUAUAAACGCAAGCGUAUGUGAUGUAAUGUCACGAUAUUGUUAUUUAUCAUUGGAUUUGGCCGUGUUCAGAUUUGGGAGGUUGGUGUGAUGCCAGAUAUUCUACGGAUGCAUCCAUGACACCACGUGUAAUGCGUGGGUGGGAUGUCACUUUCUUCCAGAUGCAUUUGAUGUAGCCCAAAUACAAGAGCAUGGAUUAUAAUUAUUUUUUGAGCAGAUAUGAACUAUGUUCUGGCCUUAGAAGCAUGCACAGAGAUAUCAUGAAAUAUAUAUAAGUAAAUAUAUAAUACAUAUAUAGGAUAUAUGUAUCCGUUUCAUAUUUGUUUGAUCUGGUGCUAAGUUCCGUAUUGUGGAAUUGACUGCAAUUUUGUGUUUGUCUUUAUGGCAAUAGUUUACUGUAUCAUUGCGUGCUGUGCUUUGAUAUCCGUACAGUCAUAACAGUUAUCACACAUACCUCAGUGUCAUCGUUCGACUGUGUUUUCACAUUGUUCUGACAUUUUUAGAGUUUUCCAUGAAAACAUUCAGUGCUAUAUCGAUGGAGAUGUAUUUUAUAAUAAUUUAUUUUUUUACAUUUUAAAUUUGACUUUGUCAAAUGAAAAGCAUUGACUGCUGAAUAAAUCCUCAUUAUGGAUUUGUGUUCUUUUGUCUUUUAUUGAUAUAUAUAUAUAUAUAUAUAUAUAGAGAGAGAGAGAGAGAGAGAGAGAGAGAGAGAGAGAGAGAGAGAGAGAGAGAGAGAGAGAGAGAGAGAGAGAGAGAGAGAGAGAGAGAGAGAGAGAGAGACAUUAUCUAAGUGUGACAUCAUUGUUAUAAUACUUAAAUAUUUUGGUUGUUUACAAAAUGUCUCAUUUAUUAUGGAUUAAAAUGGUGUUUUAUAAAUCUUUGUUAAUGUAUUCAUACAUGUCAGUUCAUGUUGGCAGAGCAUUGCGUUAGCAGCGUUCUGGGUUUGAUUGCAGGAACACACAUAUGCUGAUACCAUAUUAUGAACUUUAAUUGCAUAAAUGUAAAAUUACUAAAUUUAACUACAUCAAGUACAUGUAUUUAAGCAAGGGGACAAAUCAAAAGCAUCUUAUGGACGAGUGCUGGCAUCAAAAAAAGAUUAACAUUAAUCAAUGCAUGCUUUUUCCUAUCCUGUGAGGAAUGUAAAAAUAACAUCCCUCAUGUUUACUUGUUCUUACUGGUUUAAAGCUGCUUGUAUUAUUGUAUGCUUUUAUUGGCCAAACCCAUAUUCUAUUAUGAAAUUAUUUUUGCCAUAAUUUUGUAAAUUAAAAUGUCUCCAGAUUA